AUGCUUCUUCGUCAUCCUACGGCUAUAGAAUUACCUAUGAGCAAUAGAAAUAGAAAUCCAGCCAUUGUUGUUCUAUACAAUUGUGUACCGAAAUGUGGCAGUUAUUUGAUGAAUAUUCUAUUUCAACUUUUAUCGAACCAAACUGGUGCAUUCACAUUUAUUUACGACAGCAGAUAUAUUCAUCAUCAUCUGUCGGCCGUGGAACAACAUAAUCUGACUAUAGAUCUUCUCAAAUAUACAAAAAAUGCUAGUGGUCAACCUGUUGUUUACGAGCGCCACUUUCACUUUAUUCAUUUAACAUCAACAUCAAAUCAAAUUAUCUAUUAUAUAAAUCAGUUGCGUGAUCCACUCAAACGCACUUUAUCACAUUUUGAUUUUCGUCGUUUUACAUGUGUGGUAGCACAUGAUGAAACACAAUGCUCAUUGAUACAUUCAUCUUUACGCAAUAUGACAAUGGAUGAAUGUGUUUCCACUGGUGAUCCUGGUCGGUGUAUUACACAUCCUUACGGAGUUCGUUCACCAAUUGCAUACUUUUGUGGUCAGUCAUCAAUAUGUGAUGAUACAGUUACAAGACCAACAAGUGAUGCUGCUCUAGCUCUUGCAAAGUCAAACAUUGAACAAUAUUAUAUUUAUAUUGGUCUUCUAGAAUAUCUUGAAAGUUCGUUAGAAUUGCUUGAACAUAUCCAGCCAUUGAUGUUUACUGGUCUCGUCAGCACCUAUGUAAACAUUGUAAAACGUCGUAGCAUCAAUCAGGUACCUAAAAAGUAUCGUCAUAGUACGACCAAUAGAACACGCGAUGUUCUUCGUCAACUUCUUAAGCCUGAGUAUGAACUGUACAACUUCAUCCGAAUGCGUUUUAUUGAUCAUUACACUCGAGUCUUUCAUCGUGCCCCGAUUUAUCAUGAAACUUAA